CGGGGGCCGCAGGUCCCAGAAGGUGGCGACUUUCCUGGGCCUGCGGCGCCUCGGCGCAGGUGGAGAGGUCAGGCUGGAGGGGCCUUCGGCCUCCGGCGUCGGGAAAUGGCGGCGGGGGUCAGGAUGGAGGACGGUUCCUUGGACAUCAUCCAAAGUAUUGAAGAUGACCCACUUCUGGAUGCCCAGCUUCUCCCACAUCACUCAUUACAAGCUCAUUUUAGACCCAGAUUCCACCCUCUUCCUACAGUCAUCAUAGCAAAUCUUCUUCUGUUUAUCCAUGUUGUGUUUGUUAUCUUAGCGUUCUUGACAGGUGUGCUUUGUUCUUACCCUGACCCCAAUGAGGACAAGUGCCCUGGAAACUACACCAACCCCCUGAAAGUUCAGACGGUCAUUAUCCUGGGAAAGGUCAUCUUGUGGAUUCUGCAUUUGCUCCUUGAACGCUACAUUCAGUAUCACCACAGCAAAGUGAGAAACCGCGGCUACAAUCAGAUCUACCGCGCCACGAGGCAUCUGAAGAGACUCGCCCUGAUGACACACUCCACCGGCAACACGAUGCUCCUCCUCAUACUGUGCAUGCAGCAUUCUUUCCCUGAGCCCAGCAGGUUGUACCUUGACCUCAUUCUGGCCAUCCUGGCCCUGGAACUGCUCUGUUCCCUGACCUGUCUGCUCAUUUAUGCAGUGAAAAUUAGACAAUUUAAUAGAGCCAAACCACAACCUGAUGUACUUGAAGAAGAAAAAAUCUAUGCUUACCACAGCAAUAUUACCUCGGAAACUGGAUUCAGGACUAUGUCAAGCCUAGAAGAAAUUGUUGAAAAGCAAGGAGACAUAAUAGUAUACCUGAAGCGACACAAUGCCCUCUUGAGUAAGCGGCUGUUGGCACUCACUUGCUCAGACCUAGCCUCUCAGCCAAGUAGAACAUGAGAGGCUCGCAGGCUUGACCAUCGCUGAAGAGUCCAGAGCAACCUCAGACUGAAUGAUGGCCUGCCAUGCUGCCAUGGGGAACCACAGCCCUUGCUGAAUAACACUGUGUAGUGCGUGUUGGAAACUUGAACUUGGUUCUCACUUGUGUGGCUGUUUAGUAGAUGGGGCUGGUGGAUCAUUUGAAAGGUACUUUGUAGAAGCCUGGUUAACCUGAGAAGAAUGUCUGUUUUGUACAUUUUUAAAUAAUUUAACUUCUUGGUUUUUCCUAGGAUCAAAGGUAUAGCUUAAUCAUCCCAUGGUCCACAGUUUUUCUACAUGAUAUUAGAUCCCUAUAAUAGCUGGGGAUAUCGCUCAGCAGUAGGACAUGUGCUUAGCACGCACAAACCCCUGGUUCAGUCCAUAGCCAAUCCCCCAACCCCCCCUAAAAAAGGCAUGUAGUAACAUGGCUAUUUGUAAAGAAAGACUGACAUAAUGGUUUGUUUCAAACAGGGGUUGAUUGAACGUAUUUCACCACUGAGCUAUGUCCCCAAUUUUCUUUCUUUCUUUCUUUCUUUCUUUCUUUCUUUCUUUCUUUUUUUUUUUUUUUUUAAUUUUGAGAUAGGGUCUCAUGAAGUUACGGAGGCUGACCUCAGACUUGGAAUCCUCCUGCCUUAGCCUCGUAAGGCACUGGUAUUACAGGUGUGCACCACACCCCACACAUUCUUCCAAAUCUUAAGCCGAUGAGAGAAGUCAUUAUUUCUUGGGUUUUAUGUUCUUUCCCUACAGAGCCUUGUCACGUGUUUUAUAUGCUUAUGUGAUACUGAAUAACAACUGAGUUUGUGCAACCUUUGUCAUCCCCUCAGGCACGCUCUCCCACUGGGCUGUACCCCAGCCCCUUGCAGCUUUCAUAGAGACUUUCCUCCUAUAGCACCAAGGCCUCACCAGGUGAUCAACAAUAUAAAAUCUACAUGGGUUUGUUCUUUCAGAACAAGAUAGGAAAAUUACCUGGACCAGUGUGAGCCCGACCAGCAAUACCUGUUACCUGGGCAGUACCUUCCCUUCCAUUGGCAAAAGCUGAAAAAUUUAAAGAGUUUAUGUCUUUCCAUUUUUUUUUUUUUUCCUCUUCUUCGAGAAGCUACCAUCAUUUCUAAAUUAAUUAUCCUUUCAUUGGAUCAGUAAUUUCACUAUAGGAAUGAAACCUUCUAUGGUUUUAAGUCUAUCUAAAUAGAAAAAAGGCAGUUUAUUUAGACUUGGAUUAUAUGUAAAAAUUGUGAUGGAAAUAAAAUAUAUAUACACAUACUAAACAUACCUAGUUGUUGAGAUAAAAAUGAAGUAUUUUUAUGAGCAAAUGGUAUUAUUUUUCCAUUCUUCCUAGUGUACCCUUUAAUUUAUCAAUUUGCUCUCAGCCCCUCUACAAGCUGCCUUAGAAAGAUUUUUUUUUGUCAUUAAAGGCUCAAUUUGAGGGGAAGAGAUAUUUGUGAUUAUGCAGUGAUUAUGUGUAGCCAGUAGAUGAAUACUCUAACUUGAAAGCUGUACAUAGCUUUAUAGGAAUGUGUUGGAUGUACCACAUAGACAAGGAAUGUGUUCAUUUGAUCUGCUGUUACUGAUGGAGAGCAGAUACUUGUUUCCUUUAGAUACAGCCAUUGCUGGGGCAUCUAAAAUUUUUCUACUAAGAUAAGCAUGAUUAUGUGUCACCUGCAAGUAAAUUCAGUUGAAUCCUCAAAAUAGUGACAUUCACAAACCGAAGCCAAAUUGUAUUUUUAAAAUUUAGAUUAUAAAUUCUCAGCCUUGUGUAGUGGUGCGUGCCUGUAAUGCCAGCAGCUCAGGAGGCUGAGGCAGGAGGAUCGCAAGUUCAAAGUCACUCUCAGCAAAUUAGCAAAGUUUGAGACCCUGUCUCAAAAUGAAAUAUAAAAAGGAAUGGGGAUGUGGCUUAAUGGUUAAAGCACCGCUGGGUUCAAUCCCCAGUACCAAAAAUUAGAUUGUAAGUUCCCUCCCUUCUUCCUUUCCUUUCUUUAUAGUAGGUCUCUCGAAGCUAUUGCCUUCUCUGGAAAAUUGUUCCUACAUUCUGGAAGAGCCUACAGCCAUUGCACUCAGUUGUUUUCCUUAAAACACCAGUGGUUUUGAACCAGGCAUGGUGACACACACUGGUAAUCCCAGAGACUCAAGACGACUGAGGCAGGAGGAUCUGAAGGUGAAGGCCAGACUGAGCAAUUUAGUGAAAUCCUUUCUCAAAAUAAAAGGAAAGGACUGGGGAUGUAGCUCAGUGGUAAAGCACCCUGGGUUCAGUCCUCAGUACAGGGUGGAGGGAUGGCGUUCCCCACUGAACACACUCCUAGCCCUUUCUAUUUUUUAUUUUGGGGCAGAGUCUUACUGACACCCAGGCGAGCUUCGAGCUUGUGAUCCUUCUAUGUUAGUCUCCUAAAUUGCUUGGAUUACAGAUGCAUGUCACUAUGCCCAGCUCCCACCAGUGGUUUUAAGGAAAUAGUAUUUAUUUUAAAAUGAAGUUUAGAUAUAUUCAAUUUCUGAGAUUUACUUGAUGAACAUUGGUUUACAGGGAAAGGUAUAAUAAAGUCAGGGGUUUGAUGUGAUACCUGUAUAAUCACCAACAUUUUUCUAAACCAAAUAAUGAACAUUUCAAACAAUAAAUGAAAGUCUCAGUACUAGCAGAAUAAAAAAAUGAACAAAACUAUUUAAAUGUUAGGGAUUCUAGUCAUUGAACUCGUUCUGUGCUAGCAUUGUGGAGACAAAAAUAAAAAACUGGCUUACAGCUUACAUUCUAGGGAGGGAAAUGAUUUCCAGGCUCUGUACUAAAUGCAGUAAUGACAGUAAGCCCUGGAUAUAGGGGUACAGAAUCACAGACCUGUAAUCCCAGCUACUAGGGGUCUAAGGCAGGAGGAUCACAAGUUGGAGGCCAGCCUCAGCAACUUUGUGACACCCUAUUUCAAAAUAAAAAGGCUGGGGAUGUAGCUCAGUGGCAGAAUACUCCUAGAUUCAAUCCUGGUAAAAGGAUUGAAAAAAAGACACUAUAGAAGCACCAAGUUGGAGGAUACACUGAAGUGGUAGAUUUUAGGAGUUCCUGGCAAAUUAAUCAGUAGAGAAAAAAAGCAGAUAGCUACAAAAUACCACGAGCACAUUGUGUAGAAUGCAUUGUAUAGAACUUGAAAACAGUUCUCCAGAGUUUGGAGGCUUUGACUGUAUGCUGAGGAGCUUGCACUUUAUUGUAUUGACAAUGGGAUCCACUAAAAGAUUUGUUAAGGAAAUGAUGUCACUUUUAGGAGGACCUGAUAGUAGUUUGAUAUAGAGGAAAGGUGGUAGCAAAAAGAUAUGACCCUAAACCAGGGCAGAUAUAAGAACAUUUAAUUAUGAGUAUAUAUGUGUAUAUGUAAAUAUAAAGAUAGACUUAGAUGUACAUGUGUGAUCCAAAUGACAAUAGCAUCAUGACAUAUUGUAAAGUUAAAAGCUCGUUAUUUUUUA